AUAAAGAUCACAACCACGCUCUUCAAAAUUCCUAUUCUCCCUUUUCGUCGCUAUUUCUAUCUGUGACUCUGAAACAAAAUUCCCAAAUUCUGUCCAGGAAAAAGAAAAACCCUAGUGUGAUAAUCAACCAUGGGGAACACAGAGAAGCUUCUGAAUCAAAUCAUGGAAUUGAAAUUCACCUCGAAAUCGCUUCAACGUCAAGCAAGAAAGUGCGAAAAGGAAGAGAAAUCUGAGAAACUCAAAGUAAAGAAAGCAAUCGAAAAAGGAAACAUGGACGGUGCACGGAUCUACGCCGAAAACGCCAUCAGGAAACGAACGGAGCAGAUGAACUACCUCCGAUUAUCCUCCCGAUUGGACGCGGUCAGUGCUCGUCUCGAUACACAGGCGAAGAUGUCGACGAUCAGCAAAUCCAUGGGAAACAUCGUGAAAUCGUUGGAAUCUUCUCUCGCAACCGGAAACCUACAGAAGAUGUCGGAGACAAUGGAUCAGUUCGAGAAACAGUUUGUGAACAUGGAGGUGCAAGCGGAGUUUAUGGAAAGCGCUAUGGCUGGAUCCACCUCGCUUUCUACACCGGAAGGUGAGGUUAACAGUUUGAUGCAACAGGUUGCUGAUGAUUAUGGCCUUGAAGUGUCCGUUGGGCUUCCUCAGCCAGCUGCUCAUGCUGUUCCGCUUAAGGAGAAGGAUGCUGAGAAGGUUGAUGAGGAUGAUUUGUCGAGGCGUCUCGCGGAGCUUAAAGCUAGAGGUUAAUGCUCCUCUUGUUUUCUCAUUGAAGAAUAACGAUUCACUCUGGUUAUAUAAUAUUUGUUAUUACGUUGCUAUUUUAUGCUUUUAAAGGAGUGUUUUUUGUGUAUAUUUAACUGAAUUUGGAUGUUUAGCUUUAAUAUUAAGCGGUACUGUUAUGUUUA